AUGGAUCACUUAGGGGCGCAUCACCUCCACCAGAGCCACGCCGAACCCAUCAGCUUCGGGAUCGACCAAAUCCUCAACAACCCGGACCAAGGCAGCUGCAUGAUCUCCGGCGCUCGGCUGCAGGACACGGCGGACUACGGCCUGGGAGGAUGCGUGGUGAGCAGCGCUUACAACACCAUGACGGGCCACUAUGGCACGGCGGCCGGCAGCGGGGUGUCCACUUCGGCAGGGGGCUACAACAACGGCGGGGCUUGCAGCAUGGCGUCGCUGGCGGGCUCUUAUAACGUGAACCUGGGGGUCGGGGCCAUGAACGGAAAUAACCUCAACUCGGCUGGGGGCGUGAUCCGGGUACCGGCGCACAGACCCCUGGCUGGCGGCGUCCACCAGCCUCUCUCCACCGCCAUGCCUACGGUGCCGUCGGUGAACAACCUCACCGGGCUGACUUUUCCCUGGAUGGAGAGCAACAGGCGGUACACCAAGGACCGAUUCACAGGUCACCCCUACCAGAACCGGACGCCGCCCAAGAAGAAGAAGCCGCGCACCUCCUUCACCCGCCUGCAGAUCUGCGAGCUGGAGAAGCGCUUCCACCGGCAGAAGUACCUGGCCUCGGCCGAGCGGGCGGCGCUGGCCAAGGCCCUCAAGAUGACCGACGCGCAAGUCAAGACCUGGUUCCAGAACCGGCGGACGAAGUGGAGGAGACAAACGGCGGAGGAGAGGGAAGCAGAGCGGCAGCAAGCCAACCGCAUCCUCAUGCAACUCCAGCAAGAGGCCUUUCAGAAAACCAUCAACCAGCCCAUCCAAGCAGAUCCCAUCUGUGUUCACAACUCAUCCCUUUUUGCCCUUCAGAACCUUCAGCCAUGGUCCGAUGACACUACUAAGAUCACCAGCGUUACUUCCGUCGCCUCUGCAUGUGAGUGA